UUGCUGGACAUAUACAACUCAUAGCAAUGAAUAAGUACGUACUAGUGGUGGUUUUAGCUACUGUGUUCGCCCUGGGCGAAUCCAUGGUAUGUUUUAAAGGCAUAUGUGACCACAUAGAGAAGACAGACCUUGUAUGUAAAGGAUCAGUCAUCAAGAAUGGGGGAUUCUGUGGCUGUAACGACGUCUGUUCUAAGCAAGAAGGAGAGUCGUGUCAAGCUGAGCUUAUCCGUGGUCGCAUCCCUCUCGGUAAAUGUGACACGGGUCUCCAGUGCCAGCACCAAGAACAUAUGAUGAUCGGAGUGGGGAAAUGUGUGAAGGACGGGAAUAAAUCAAAGCGGGAGCAGACAGAAUGUCAGCGGCAGCGAAUUAGGUCGAUGAUUGUGAUGAUUGUGUACCGUGGACAGUGGUUCCCCAAGUGUGACGUAGAGGGGCUCUUCAUGCCAGAACAAUGCAACAACAUUAACGAGUGUUUUUGCGUGGAUGUUCAAACCGGCGUCAUCGACGAGAGUACGAGAACAGUGGGUUCUGCCAACUGCGAGACAAACCAAUCCGCCACUACCAUUGCGCCUUAGUUGUGUUUUGUUUCUUGGUAGCUUAGUGUAAUAAAACACACCUUUGAUGUA